UGUGUGUGUGUGUGUGUGUGUGUGUGUGUGUGUGUGUGUAUAUGUGUGUGUGUGUGUGCACCGAGCAUCCUCUACACCCCGACCCGCCGACAUGACGCCGGUCGCUGCUCGCCGUCCGUGCUGAUAAUGUCCGUCUCCGUCAGCCCCGCGUGAAGUCCCCGUCACCAUGACGACUUCAGGUUGCACCUGCACCGAGGACAGCGCCUCAGAAAGGGACAGGCUCCUCUCCUCCGUGGAUGGCUAUGGGUCCCAGGACCUUCUUGGAGGCGGGACCCCUCGUCCCACUGCUCUGGUGGGCUCUGAGUCCCUGCAGAAGCCGAGGGAAGAGGAAGAGGAAGAGGAGGAGGAGGAGAAAGAGGAGGAGGAGGCCCUGAGGAGGAAGCUCAAGUACUUCUUCAUGAGCCCUUGUGACAAGUUUCACGCCAAAGGCCGCAAGCCUUUCAAACUCUUCCUGCAGCUGCUCAAAAUCUUCAUCGUGACUUUGCAGCUGGUGCUGUUUGGACUGAGCAACCAGAUGGUGGUGACCUUUAAAGAUGAGAACACGGACGCAUUCAAGCAUCUUUUCCUGAAGGGUUAUACAGACGGCGCUCCUCAGGCCGUGCACACACAGGAGGAGCUGUACAGCCGCGUCCACUUCGCCAUCCAGCAGUACAUGGCUCUCCCUGGGAUCUCUGUGAGCCGGUAUGCGUACGUGUUGGGCGUCGGUGUGAACGGCACCGCGCUCUCCCUCUGCCAGAGGUGCUACAGGAACGCCACCAUCGACCCCGUCAACGACACCUUCCACAUCGAUCCCCAUGUUGUCACCGAUUGCAUCAGCCUGAAUCCACUAAUGGACACUUCUGCUCCAGGAAACACUGACUACAAGAAUUUCACUCUCGAGUUUUACAAGCUGAUCAACGUAACUAUUGACUUCCAGCUGAAGGCCAUCAACAUUCAGACCGUUGUAAACAAUGAAAUCCCUGACUGCUACACCUUUGCUAUCACGAUCGUCAUGGAUAACAGCGUGCACAGCGGCAAAGUUAAGAUCAGUCUGCAGAACAAGGCCUCCAUACAUGAGUGCAAAGACCCCAACCUGUCUGGACACGCGAAGAGCUAUGCUCGGGAGUUCCUUGACGUGCUGGUGGCGUUCGUCUGCCUGCUGUCGCUGCUGCUGUGUGGGCGCUCCAUCCUCAGAGGCAUCCUCCUGCAACACGAGUACGUGCAGUUUUUCAGACGGCGCCUUGGCCGCAGCGUGAGCUGGGGUGACAGGAUGGAGUUCAUCAACGGCUGGUACAUCCUGCUCAUCGUCAGCGACAUGUUCACCAUCAUCGGCAGCGUCAUCAAGAUCGGGAUCGAGUCCAAGAGCUUGUCAUCGUAUGACAUGUGCGGGAUCCUGCUGGGAACCUCCACGCUGCUGGUCUGGGUCGGAGUCAUCCGCUACCUCAGCUUCUUCCAGAAAUACAAUAUCCUGAUUGUGACUCUGAGCGCUGCUUUUCCUAACGUCAUCCGCUUCUGCUGCUGUGCAGCGGCUAUUUAUUUGGGAUAUUGCUUCUGUGGAUGGAUUGUGCUGGGCCCUUAUCAUACCAAGUUCCGGACGCUGUCCAUGGUGUCAGAGUGCCUGUUUUCUCUGAUCAACGGGGACGACAUGUUUGUAACGUUCGCUGAGAUGCAGCGCAGCGGCACGCUGGUGUGGGUCUUCAGCCAGGUCUACCUGUACACCUUCAUCUCCCUCUUCAUCUACAUGGUGUCGUCGCUCUUCAUCGCACUCAUCACCGGAGCCUACGACACCAUUACGGCUCAAACACAGGAGCAGGUACGUGUCAACGAUCUGCACGCGUUCAUCGCAGAGUGCACGGACACGCCCAGCUCCGGCAAGUUCCGAGGUCCCGAAGGGUCGUCGUGCUCCUUCCUCUGCUGCGACUCGUGAGCAGGAUGCACAAAGGCUGAAAAUGUAUGCUUCUGUGUUAAAUCAACGCCGUGGCUACGUACUAGGGCGUCAUUUCCACUAUGGACAGAGGG